CGACGAGUCGACAUUGUAGCGCACAGGCGAUCUUCACGAGAUCUCAGUCAUGUCGACCACUGCGGGUUGUGUCAGAUAGACAAGCGCGCAAGUGCAUUGCUGCAGCAUGAUGCUCUCCGCCCGGCCAGCGAGUUUGGCGAGCAGGCGUGCAGAGCGAGCACUGCGUCAGCUUGGUCAUCAACCGGCCAAGAAUGCCGCACAUCGCCUGCUAUGGUACACUACUGGCUCAAGUAGCCUCAAGAGAUGUCGUGUACAUGCCGCCUUUCACACCUCCUCAGGGCGUCUAGUCACAGCGCGGACAUACGCUACCGAGACGAGGUUGUCCUAUGAUCACUUCAAUCAGCCUCCUCCGCCGAGUGCCUCGGACAGACAGCGCCGGGCAGAGCGCAGACCAUUCCCUUUGCCUGCCAAGGACGACAAUCUGCAGGACUCGGGCGUACCCAGGCUGUCCAAGAUCAUCAACGACAGCAUCGAGGCCGAUGUGCCUGACUUGCCCAAAGCUUUCGGCGCGAAUCAAGUCUUGCCCAUCCAGCCUGAGCUUGAAGAGACAUUGCAGGCUGUCAGGGCUUCCUUCCGUGCCCCCAUACGAUACGCAUUUGCAUACGGCUCGGGCGUCUUCAAGCAGAGAGGCUAUGACGCCAAAGCACGACCCAUGCUUGAUUUUGUCUUUGCGGUCUCCCAUCCGUCCCACUGGCAUGACAUAAACCUGAGGCAGAACAAACAUCACUAUUCCUGGACUGCUCGCGCAUUAGGAUCGGGUAACAUCUCUCGCAUACAAGAACACGUAGGCGCUGGCAUCUGGUUCAACGUCGACUGCGAUGUGCAAGGAAAGAGGAUCAAGUAUGGCGUCAUCUCCAUGGACAAGCUCACCCAGGACUUGCUCGAUUGGCAGACCAUGUAUCUUGCUGGUAGGAUGCAGAAGCCGAUUGCGGUCAUCAAGGAUGAUGCCCGUGUAAGGUUAGCAAAUCAAGUCAACCUGGCCUCAACUAUCCGGACAGCACUACUGCUCCUACCGCAAGAGUUCUCCGAAGAACAGCUCUACUACACCAUUGCAGGUCUGAGCUAUAGAGGCGACUUUCGUAUGUCAUUAGGCGAGAACCCAUCAAAGGUCUUCAACAUCGUCCGUACACAGCUGCCUCAAUUCAAUGCGUUGUACGGUCCCAUGCUGGCAAGCUUCAACAAGACUCUCUUCGUCACAAAGGGUGAUGCCGAAUCGGCGCCAGGCAGCAGGCAGCUAGGCCAAGACACCUCUGCUGCUGCUCGUGCAGAUCUAGCCAGAAGGUUGCCAAAGUCUAUCAGCGGCCAGCUAUAUGGCUACUGGACCCGAAAAUGGAAUUUGCAGCGCGCAAAGGGCCUCGCAGGCGAGGAACUGCCUGACCACAACGAGGGAUCACUCUGGCGCAGGAUCGUCAGCGAUGACGACUUUGAGCAUCAGCUCGACAAGAGUCUACAGAUGAUCAUCGGUCGGCCGGCGUUCAGUCAGUCACUCAAGGGAGUCGUCACCGCUGGUCCUCUCAGAGCGAUGUCCUAUGUCAUCCCAAAGAUCAAGAAGCGCUUCUCGAGCCCGCCGCCCAAGUCACUCGAGGACGACACACCGAAGGGGGCCGGGAAGAGAGAUCGUGACAAGAAAGAGAAGGACAUUUAGCACGAGAGCAUGAUUGUACG